GAGGGACAAGGCACCAUUCUUUCAAUCUUUCUCUCUCUCUCUCCAUCUCUAAUUGCGUAGGGCAUUCAUUUUCCCUUCCUCUUAAAAACUACAAAAAAAACUUUUUUUUCUUCUUGUUCAUCACAAAAAAAAAAAGUUAACCCAAAAAAACCAACAAAACUAUCAAAAAAAAAACUUCAUUCGUAAUGUCUUCUCCAGCAUCCAACCCAACUCCCGCUGAGUCCGUUCAGCAACAACAGGGCAAUGCUGCCAAUGAGCAACAGCAAGCCCAGGGUAACUUUACCCCCGCCGCUGCUGGUGCCACUGCAUCUGCUUCUCUUUACGUCGGUGAGCUCGAUCCCACCGUCACCGAGGCCAUGCUCUUCGAAAUGUUCAACAUGAUUGGACCUGUUGCCAGUAUCCGUGUUUGCCGUGAUGCUGUCACCAGACGUAGCUUGGGCUAUGCCUACGUCAACUUCCACAAUGUCGUUGAUGGUGAACGUGCUUUGGAAAGCCUCAACUACACCUUGAUCAAGGGUAAGCCUUGCCGCAUCAUGUGGUCCCAGCGUGAUCCCGCUCUUCGCAAGACUGGCUCUGGUAACAUCUUCAUCAAGAACUUGGAUGCUACCAUUGACAACAAGGCUCUUCAUGAUACUUUCUCUGCCUUCGGUAACAUCUUGUCCUGCAAGGUUGCCAUGGAAGAUGGUUCCAGCAAGGGCUAUGGUUUCGUCCACUACGAAACCCAUGAAGCUGCCGAGAAUGCCAUCAAGCAUGUCAACGGUAUGUUGUUGAACGACAAGAAGGUCUUUGUCGGUCACCACAUCCCCAAGAAGGAGCGUCAAUCCAAGAUUGAUGAGAUCAAGGCUAACUUCACCAACAUCUACGUCAAGAACCUCGACACUGAAGUCACUGAUGAGGAAUUCCAUGAUAUGUUCGCUCAGUAUGGUGCUAUCACCUCUGCUGUCAUCCAGAGAGAUGAAGAUGGUAAGUCUAAGGGCUUCGGUUUCGUUAACUUCGAGGACCAUGAAGCUGCCAAGACUGCUGUUGAGGAACUCCAUGAGAAGGAAGUCAAUGGUAAGGCUUUGUUCGUCUCCCGUGCUCAAAAGAAGGCUGAGCGUGAGGAUGAGCUCAAGAAGCAAUACGAGCAAGCUAAGCUCGAGAAGAUGAGCAAGUACCAAGGUGUCAACUUGUACGUCAAGAACAUUGAUGAUGAUAUUGAUGAUGAGAAGCUCCGUCAAGAGUUCUCCGUCUAUGGUGCCAUCACCAGCGCCAAGGUUAUGCGUGAUGACAAGACCGGUGCCAGCAAGGGAUUCGGUUUCGUCUGCUUCUCUGCUCCUGAUGAAGCUACCAAGGCUGUUACUGAAAUGAACGGCCGUAUGAUUGGUUCCAAGCCCAUCUAUGUCGCUCUUGCUCAACGUAAGGAUGUUCGUCGCAGCCAACUUGAAGCUCAAAUGGCUCAACGCAACCAAAUCCGCAUGCAACAAGCUAUGCCUAUGCCUGGUGCCCCUGGUUACAUGCCCGGUGCUCCCAUGUUCUAUGCUCCUCCUGGUGGUUUCAUGCCCCAAGGUCAACGUCCCGUUUUCCCCCAGAACGGUAUGGUUGCUCGUCCCCGCUGGGGUCGUCCCCAACGUGGUCCCCGUCCUCCUCGUGGUGGUGGUGCUCCUCAAGCUGGUGGUCGUCCUCAACCUGCUGGUCAGAAUGGUCCCGGUCGCAAGUUUGGUAACCAACAGCGCCCUAACGCUCCCAACGGUGCCCAAGCUGAAACUCCCGCUGGUCCUCAAGCUUUGACCGCUGCUGCUCUUGCUGCUGCUCCCCCGGAGAUGCAAAAGCAAAUGCUCGGUGAACGUCUUUACCCCUUGAUCCACCAACAGCAACCCGAAUAUGCUGGUAAGAUCACCGGUAUGCUUCUCGAGAUGCAAACUUCCGAGCUCUUGCAUCUUUUGGAAGACAACGAAGCCCUUGAGAGCAAGAUCACUGAGGCUGUCGAGGUUCUUGAAGAGCAUCUUGAUGAAGCCCCCGAAGCUUCUGAGGAGACCAAGGCUUAAGCCUCCCUCAUUCUUUUUCUCUGGGAAGGGAAACGCUCAAAUCCUUUUUGUUUCUUUAAUGUCUUUGUACAUGCAUUUGCUAGUCCACCUAAUAGCAUAGCCCCCGACCUUUUGAUUCAAACAUGUCAGAGUAGAAACAGGAUUUUUAAUACAUGCAAUAGAGAGAUUGUUAAAAGAACCCGUUCGUUCGUUGGUGUCGAUGAUGUUUAGGUUGGGUGAAAGGUGGAGACCAUGGGCCAA